GCCCGCAGUCGCCGUCCCGCCGCCGUCGCGUGCGCACCUCGCUGUCCGUGUGUGUGUGUGAUGUACUAGUGUUGUAGUGUGUGUACAACAUGCAGGGCCGGGAUAAGUUGUGUGCCAAGCUCACGAGCGCCUUUCUUAGGAAGUGGUGGUUCGUGCUCGCGUCAGCAAUAGUGCUGUUGCUGGCCGGCAUAAUCUGCGCCAUAUUCUUUGGCACCUGGGUCCGGCUGUUCAUAGACCAUGAGUUGGUCCUCCGGCCGGGAUCCAUGACGUUCGAGUGGUGGGCGAGGCCCCCCGUGCGGCCCUUCGUCAAAGUAUACGUCUACAACGUCACCAACGCUGACGAGUUCCUCAACAAUGGCAGCAAGCCCGUGCUAGACGAAUUGGGACCUUAUAUAUACUCACAAGAAUGGGAGAAAGUGAACAUCACCGACAACGAGAACGGAACCCUGUCGUUCCACUACAAGAGGACGUACACGUACCGACCAGACCUCAGCGGGCGGUCGGACGACGACGCGGUGGUCGUGCCCAAUAUACCUAUGCUGAGCGCCACAUCGCAAUCCAAGCACGCCGCGCGCUUCCUCCGGCUUGCCAUGGCGUCCAUCAUGGACAUCCUGAAGAUCAAGCCGUUCGUGGAGGUGUCGGUGGGGCAGCUGCUGUGGGGCUACGAGGAUCCGCUGCUCAAGCUGGCCAAGGACGUGGUGCCGAAGGAACAGAAACUGCCGUAUGAGGAGUUUGGGUUGUUCUAUGGGAAAAACGGCACAUCCUCAGACAUCGUCACCAUGUUUAGCGGUUACGAGGACAUGAAGACUUACGGAAUCUUCGAGCGGUACAACGCCCGCGACAAGUUGCCUCACUGGACAACCGACCAGUGCAACAGCAUAGCCGGCUCUGAUGGGUCCAUCUUCCCCCCUCAUAUCACGAGGAAUGACACGCUGAAGGUCUACGAUAAGGAUCUGUGCCGGCUCCUGCCUCUACAAUACCUCCGCGACGUGGAGUCCCCAGCGGGCGUGCAAGGAUACCGCUUCACCCCGCCGCUCGACGUGUUCGCUGCCGAUGACCACAACCGGUGUUUCUGCCCCGCUGGACCGCCGUGCGCGCCCUCUGGAUUGUUCAAUGUGUCUCUGUGCCAAUAUGAUUCCCCGAUCAUGCUAUCGUUUCCCCACUUCUACCUGGCGGACGAGAGCCUCCGCGACGCCGUCGAAGGCAUCUCGCCUCCCGAAGCGGAGAAGCACAGACUCUACAUCGAUGUGCAGCCUGAGAUGGGCAUAGCGAUGAGCGCCCGCGCCCGCAUCCAGAUCAACCUGGCCGUGUCGCAGGUCGUCGAUAUCAAGCAGGUCGCCAACUUCCCCGACAUCGUGUUCCCUAUCCUGUGGUUCGAAGAGGGUAUCGACGAGCUGCCCGAGCAGGUGUCGUCGCUGCUCCGGCUGGCGACGCGGGCGCCGCCGAUCGCGCGCGCCGCGCUCGGCUGGGGGCUCUCCGCGCUCGGCGUGCUGCUGCUGCUGCUCGCCGUCACCUGUCUCAUUCGAUCAUCUCACCGCCAAAGCACGCUACGGCUGGAAGGGCACGCCGUCGCCAAACCCCCGCCCGCCAAAGUGCCCAGCAAAGACAACGGGUACGAACUCAACAACAGAAGAUAACUCCCGCGCCGCUAGACAAUCACUCGAGGCGGCCAGAGAUGGCGCUACUGCGCGACGGUAGUGUCUGGUAUACAGUAAUAGAUGGCGCCACUGUCUAGCAAAAAUAUUCGGAAACAUGUACGCGAAUUGAAGUUUGAAGUUCGUCUAUCUGUAUCACUGUCGCUCUUGCACUAAUCGGGUGAAUGAGAUGGCGAUAUACGAACUUGGAACUUCAGAUUUCGCGAUAAUGCUUCUGAAACUUAAAUGAAACAGAUAAGUUAGGAAUGAGCGUUCUAAGACUUUUUAUUUUGAUCGUUACCUUAACAAGGCUCAGUGCCGCCACCUAUUUUUUCUAAUAGGAAAAGAACUGAAUCUCAUACGUAUCUUUAAGAGACAGUGGUCGUCUCGGGUGUAAAAUAGAUUUAUUAAAUGCGAAAACAAAUUAAACAUCAAAAACUGGAUAAAUUAUUUAAAACGUUAACAAGAAUAUUUAAGCUCGCAGGAACGAUAGGAAGGAAUUAUUUAAAUGUUCUGAAUUCUUCCAUUUUAUUUUAGGAUUAUUAGUAAUAAACAAAUCGCUGCAACUUAUGAGUUGCAUUGACCAAACAGUAGAUGGCGUUGCCAAACUUAAAAAUAGUUCUUUUCAUUUGUUCCGAUGAUACUUUUAAAAUUAAAUAUAAACUGACAUAAAAAGCUUAUUUUUAUCAACUGACAUAAAUAGAGAUUGUCUUUUUUACAAAUAGCAAAGACAUUUUUAUAAAUAAUAUUAAAAGAAUUGUAUCGAUGUAACUUAAUUUAGUGCUGAAAAAAUAACUUUUCGAGUUGUUUUUGUAUUAUUUUUAAUGAGCGACUCGACGACUUAUUUUUUUUUUUUAUAAAAUGUUAUUCGACCGUUUUGUAUUCAGGUCGGCUUCUACUUAAACAACGAUUGUGAUACAAACAUUACAAUUGUGUCAAAUAAUGAACAAAAUGUAAUUUUGUGAGGAAUUAAAUUAAAUUAAAUUUUGUAUUUUCUAUACUUAUACUAUAUUACUUGUAAAUAUGUCCUAUGUAUAUGUGCUAAUGAUGGGUCAGUUGUAAUGGUAUUUAACGGUUGUUUUGACCCCAAUUUAUAGGCAAUAAACACUAGAUGACGCUAUUUUUUCACUAAACACGGUCGCUAAGAAAAACCGCUUCUAGUAUAUCAUGUUCCUCGUAAUAUUUUUCAUAACUCAACUUUAAGUAUUACGCUAAAAACCUAACCUAAAAAACAUUUAUUUUUCAAAAUUGCGCCAUCUAGUGUUUUUUUGCCGAUUUAACUCAUGUUCUUCUUAAUUUGGGCUUGGGUUGCCAUGUAAUUUGUUUUAUCGGUCUUAAGGCAAAUAUGAUUGACAUACUAUUAUUAUAAAGACCGGUUACGAAUUUACGUCAUCUCGUCAUUUUAAUUCUCCCAACUUUACAGUCCUUGGCUUGGCUUAUUUCAAAAGACAUAACCUCAAAACCACAACCUCCCUAACCUAUAGUCUGACAAAUAAGAGUAGAUAUUAAAAAGUGGCAAUACUGUCGUGUCUUCCCUUUCAAAUCAAUCUAUAUAAGAAAACGGGACGACACUACAGUAUUGCCACUUUUUAAUUUCUACACUUUUUUUGUCAGACUAUAAAAAUAAGGUUCUUUUUACAAACUAGCAAAAACCGUUAUUUUAAGAUCACAAUAUUGGUUAUUUUUUUAUGAAGAAUUAAAUUGUCCUUAAUCGAAAGGUGACUUGAAUUUGUAGCCAGCCUGUACUUACCAAUAGCUAGUCUUUAAUCUCGUGGGUCCGUCCAUAGUUUUAUAUUUUUUUUAUGUAUUAACUUUAAAAUAUUUUCUUACCAUUUUAUUUCGUAGUUCUUUUUAACUAUCUUGGAAAGGUUAGUACGUAGUAAGUCAUUUAAUGUAAUUCUUAGUUUAGGUUCGGUGCGUUACCUCCGGGAUGAAAUGUAUUGUAUUUGCGCAUUCGUGUAAAAUGACAUGGUUUUAGAAACCAUAUAUCCAUAUAAAAAAAAAUAAUGAAAGCGCCACCUAACGGCAACUGUUCUCAAUAUGUCACCUCACAGGUAACCAGUACUAAUUUUAAAACAAAUUGAAUACUACUCACGCAUCUAUAUUGCUUUGAGCUCUACAGAAAACGUCAUGUAGGCGACAAGGGGCCUAUUUAUUGUAGAUUCUACAUUCUGUAUCUCUUAUUCAAACUUUGGGUAGGUAUUUGAGUUUCUGUAGAUACCCUGUAACAAUUACCUUUUCUUUAAGCAAUAUAAACAACAAAUAUAGAGAACAGUCUGUUAGAUGUUGUAAAUUUAUGGAUUUCAGUUAGAUAAUUUCAUAACACAUCACGUCUGGAAUCAAGACAAUACUUUGACUUUAUAAAGUAGGGUGGUAUUUGACGCAUCACAUUCCAUGUAAGGUAAAUUAGACUGACAUUGGUAAAUAUGACUUUAAUAUGACAUUUCAAUAUUGAAUCUUACAAUUUACUUCAUAUUUUUGUAAACAUAUUUUCAAAUUCUUAAUGUAUAUUGUAUUUUGGAUUCCAAUUAUGACAUGUUAUAAAAUGUUUGUUAUUAUAUAUCACUUGUUGACUGGCAUGUUUUAUCCGCAUGACAAUACUUAUAUUAGCCAAAUAUGUCCUAGCACUUGUGAACUUUAAAAAGCGACCUUUUUAUUAUUGUUGUAGGUUACAAAGAAUAUUUACAAUUUGGUGCCUGUGACCAGGAUAUUUUUAUUUAUAAUCAAAUAUUAUUAGAAAAAGCGGGGCUUAUUUUAUAUGCAAUAAUAAAUACGUAAUUCUAUUUAUACACGAUGCAACAAUUUAUGUGAUGUAGGCCUUAAUUUUCAAAACAAAGUCAUCUGAUAAAUGUUAUUUUUAAAUCUAUUAAAAUGUACCAAAGCGCCAAGCCAGAUUUUUCAUAAUAAAGCAAAGACGGCAGAAUUUGAAAGCGUUUUUGACAAUGUUUAUUAAUGGUCGUCACAGUGCUAGGUCUGUGGGUGCUAUGCUCAAACUACAGACAUAUCACACGUAUGCUAGUGCUCAGUGCUCAAGUCUGUUAGACGGAACGAGUGUGUAAAUAAAGGUGUAUGUUAUAUGACAA